AUGAAUGCCUUCACCUUCCGCGACACAUUUCUGCAGACGAUAUCAUCUAGCUUAUUCCAGCAAAUCGUUCCUUUCGUCGUGCUUUCCCUAGUGCCAGUGCUAGUGUUCUUAAUUACCUCCAAACUUACAUUCGCUACGCCACAUUACCCUUUCGUUAUGGGCCUCGAAAGUCUUGGUUUUUCAAUGCCAUGGAAUUGGUUUUCCAAUACGGACAACGGAGGCGCGGUUCCUGCCAACGGACGCCCGGCGCACCAUCACCAUGAAAAGAGAAAGAGUAAAAAGUCAAAGGGAAAGACAGAACUUGUAUCGGUAAAGACUGAAGAAGCCGUUGAUGAUGGCUAUUACCCUGGUCUUGUGAAUAUCUCGGGAACCUAUUGCUUCAUGAAUUCAACGGUCCAGGCUCUAUCUUCAUUAUCAUAUCUCCAGCCUCAGAUCGAUGCUAUUCAUUCCAAGGCCGAAGCAUUAGAUGUCCCCACCCCUGUUAUCGACACCCUUCAAGACCUCUUUCAUCGUUUGAAUACCCAGACGUCAGCGCCGUCCUCUAUACGACCACUCGAUCUCAUAUCCGUGCUGUCUUCUCCGUCGUCAGCGCGUUUCAAUUCCCUCUUCAAUUCUCGAGAACAUCAAGAUGCCCAAGAGCUCUUCCAGCUUGUGUCAGAGUGCAUCAAGAAUGAGACGAUCAAUGUGGACAAGGAGGGCCUCCGAGAUCGUGGCUUAAACGCCCUGUCCCAAGAAGCUGAUAUUAACCCAGAGAUUGGAAAGAGCGUGUUUGAUGGAUUGACAGCUAAUAGGCGAAGCUGCGUCAUCUGUGGAUACACAGAAGCUGUGAUGCACUUUGCCUUCGACAACUGGCAACUUGCGGUGCCUCGUAUGGCGAUGAGUUGUACCCUCGAAGACUGCCUUGAAGACUAUACCCGUCUCGAGGUACUUCGCGACUGUAUAUGUCGUCGUUGUUCGAUGCUUUCAACCCAUCGUCGGUUGAUGCAAGAGGUUGAGACUCUUGUUGAGGCCACCAAACCUGAAAAUAAACCAUCCGCUUCGAAGAAACGACGUCUGAAAGAUGUGCGGAAGAUGGAAGCACGCGUCAAGGCUGCUCUCGACGAGGGCCGCAUUGAAGACGAGCUCAAAGAUAUCCGGAUGGAGAAGGUUUUCAGUUCGAUGUCCACAAAGCAGGCUAUGAUAGCCAGACCCCCUCCCGUCCUAGCAUUGCACAUUAAUCGCUCGGUCCAUUAUUCCCAUUACGCUACCAAGAACAACAUUCGGGUGAUUUUUCCCGAAGUCCUUGAUCUAACGCCUUUCACCACCUCAGGAAACCUCUCCACCGUCCCCACAAGCUCCUUAUCUACACCAUCCGCUCUCCCCCCUCGAUCCGGUACCCCCACUCGUACUACCUACGCCAAUCUUCAUUCCCGGACAGUAUAUCGACUCUCUGCAGUCGUGUGUCACUACGGCCAGCAUUCAUUUGGACACUAUAUCAGUUUUCGCCGGAAACCACCAGAUUCGAAAGCACAAGAUCGUUGGAAGCCGCCAAGGAUUCUAAUCAAGGACCGACCACCUACCUCUGCCAAACGAGAAGAAGAGUCCGAUCCGCUUGCUGAUUUGGAAUGGGAAGAUGCGGACUCUUCUCCUGGUGCUGGUAAAGGAUGGCUUCGAAUAUCCGACGACUCUGUCGAUGAGUGCGGGAUUAAAAGCGUUUUGCGAGAAGGCUCUGGAGCGUUCAUGUUGUACUACGAGAGAGCGAUCCUCUCUGCGCCUAUGCCAUCGGAGCAUUACCCUUAUACCACUGCGAACGGAAUUACGAACGGAUACGCAUAUGGUGUGGGCAUGGCGAGUCCAGAAAGUUCUGAAGAGACGUUGAAACCCGAAAUGAUGAUGAUGACCAACAAGAAUGGGAGUGUUCGAUCGUUGGUCAGCAUCAACGGAACGGUGAAAAGCGAGGACAAUGAGAAGACGAGCAGUGUUUCUGGAAGUCCACCAUCGUAUCUGGGACCACGAGUAGUGCGGAGCGUUGCCGCUGGAAGGAGAAGACGGAGUAACAGUGUUACACCUGGCUUGAAGCGGACUAUGUCUUCGUCCCCUCCACCCACAUCGUCGUCGAAGCCCAUAUCAAUAUCGAACGGUCACGGACUUAUGGAGGGCAGCGACACCGAUCCGAUGACGAUAUCUUCCUUCAGUUCUUCAGCGCCUGCUUCUCUAUUCUCACCAAAACCACCGGCUUCUCUGUCAGCGCCUUCGAUGACUUCCCAUCGCCUGGAACCUCACAACCACAAACCAGACUCUUUGAAUGAUCUAUCUCAGCCACCUGCUGGGCUAUGA